UACGCAUCUGGGCGUCUUAAACGUCACUACUCUUAUAGAUAAUAAUAACGGUAUAUUCCACUUCAAUUUUAAACAGCUUUAAAGAUAACACUAUCGGACUUUAAUAACAUUUUAAAGAAAUUACAAUCCAUUUUUAUUUGUUUGUCUCAUAAAUAUGCUUCAAAUUAUCUUCUUAAGAAAAUAAGCUCGCGACUAAGCGCGCGACCAGCACGCGACACCUUACUCAGCUCUCUGAUUGGAUAAUUCGAUUUUGGAGGAGGAGCACGGACGACUAUUGGAUUUUAAUUGACGAUUAUUCUAUUGAUACACAUUUCUAUUUAACUACAAUUGGAUGCAGAUUCAUUUAACUGUUAACGCUAUACUUGAACUAAUUUGAAAGCAUUUUUAUUCAAUUAAAUCGAGCGAAAUUGCACAAAUACAAAGAGAUAAAGAGAUUUCUGUUUCAUAUGGCCACAGACCGAGGAAUUACCCAAACUGUUAAAACGGUAAUGUUUCAAUUAAACAUUUUGAUCAAUUUUAAUCGUCUAUAGAUGUAUCUGGAAACUUAAACACAAUACGGAGUCAGAGAAAUAAAAACCCAAGCAAGAGGCGGACAUUUUUCUUCACACAAAAAAUAUAUUUAUUACAAGGAAACAUGGAAAGUUUUCUUUACACUUUGGACGAGGAUAUAUUUGACAUUGAUUAUUAUGAAAGUUCAGUCGACUAUAGUGACGAACUCGCGUCAACGGGAUCUAACGAAAGUGACAUUGAGAACGUUCCGUUAAAUUCAUGCAGUUUCGGGAAAAGGUCAGGGAAAUUUACCGGCAAGAAAGUUCAGCAGAGAAAGGCAGCGAAUAUGCGCGAACGUCGCCGAAUGAAGUCUAUUAAUGACGCUUUUGACUGUCUCCGAAAAUGUAUACCUGUAACAGAACAGGUGGACAAAAAAUUAUCAAAAGUGGACACCCUUAAACUGGCUAUGAGUUACAUAAGUUACCUUGCAGAUCUUAUUAAAACUACUAAUGAUUUAACCUCAAGUGGACAUAUUCAAAACCAAGACAAUAAGCAAGAAAAAGUGAUUCUACGUUGUCAGUUUUCAGGGAAUGACCUUGACCCUUGUGAAAGUCCGUUGCUGGGACACUCUCUCGCGUGGUUUGACGAGAAACAGAGCUCACCAAAAGAUAACAAACUUUCCGCCAAAAUCUGGUUCCCUCAUUACGCAAAUGAUGCAGACCUUAUUAACAUUGCUAAUUACACAAAUGAUUUUACAAAACAUUUUACGUGACAAACUUGUAUAAAUGUAUAAGAAUUUGUUAUUUUUUUGUUAUGGAUAUUUAUUAUAUGCAUCCAGAUUUCCUGCAAUAGGUCUGCCGGUCUAUUAAUCUCCAUGCCUAUGCAACGGUAGUGGCUAAUUUAUAUACUUUGUAUGACUAAGGUGUGAACCGUUCAACAACCCGUCCAUUACAAGCCCGCAAUCCCCUCCAUAGCACCGUUUGAUCCAGAUUGUUCGGAUAAAAAGUGAAUAUUUCUACUAAAGUGUUUUUUUUUUUUUUGUUGUUUUUUCAUAAUGAAAUGGAAUUUAUUACGAUGGCUAUUUUAAUGUAAUUUCAAAGUAUACAACUUAUGUAUUAAUGCAUGCAUGUAUAUAUGUAAAUUGAAAAUAAUCUUUGAUAUUUUCUAUCGAAGUACGAACUCCACUGAGGUCCAAAAAUCCUAAAACAAUUAUUUCUUCCAUUGAUCAACUGGGACACUUAAACGGAAAUAUAUGCGAAAGCUAAUAAAAAAAAAUAUAAUAAGAAUUAGAUAUUAGUAUAUCUGUACGAUCCUUAUAGUCCGAUUUGAGUUGGAAGCGUUUAAACGGUUUUAAAUUUUGGUAACUUUUUCACAAUUAUAAUAACUAUUCUGAAGGAAAAAAAAUUAUUAAAGGAACUCCACUGAUAUUUAAAAGCCUCAAAACAUAACAUUUGAAUAAUUAUUUUGGAAAAACGAAGUGCGCGAAAUGAUCUGAAAUUUUGCACAAAGAUUCUUGGUCUAAACCUACAUCAAAUGGUACAUAAAUCUAGAAAAAAAAUUUCAGUCCCAUCAUGUCAAAAAACCUCAGUGGAGUCCCUUUAAUGAUUUGAAAUUUUCACACAAGCUUUUGGUUCAGACCUACAUGAAAUGAUAUGAAAAAAUUCGAAAGAAAAAAUUCCAGUUUCGUAAAUUUCCAGUUUCGUAAAAAAAAACAUACUCAGUGGAGUCACUCUGGGACAAAGAAUAACUUAUUCUUUGUCCUAGAGUCUUUUUAAAAGUCAUUUGUACAUAUAUUACUAAUUGUGCUAUUUUUAACAGCACGAUGGUGCUGUCUUAAAAUUUUACUUUCUCUGUUUUUGUUUGUACAAACAUGGGAUAUAUUGAUCUACUGAUCGUAUUAUAUAUCGUGCUGGGACAUAUUUAUUUCUGUAAAACAUUUUAUUGAAGAAAUAAAAAUGCAUUAGAUUUUA